UUUGCAUAUUAUUAAUAAACAGCAUAUAUGAGCCUUUUCCACCGAGGCCAGCACUCAGAGGAACUCCUGUGCACUGAGGAAAGGACCACAUAUCCCUUCACCAGAGGAUCCAGCAUGCCACAGUACAAGCUGACGUACUUCAAUCUGCGAGGACGAGCAGAAAUCAGCCGCUACCUGUUUGCCUAUUCGGGCAAGAAGUAUGAAGACCACAGGAUAGAAGCAGCAGACUGGCCCAAAAUCAAGCCAACUAUCCCGUUUGGCAAAAUCCCCAUUCUGGAAGUAGACGGAGUUAUCAUUCACCAGAGCCUGGCAAUAGCAAGAUACCUUGCCAGAGAUUCAGGUCUGGCAGGUCAGACGCCCGUGGAACAGGCUCUAGCUGAUGCCAUCGUAGACACCAUAGAUGAUUUCAUGACGCUGUUCCCUUGGGCAGAGAAAAACCAGGAUGUGAGAAAACAAGCAUUUGAUGAUAUCCUCACCAACAAAGCACCUGAAUUACUGAAAGAUUUGGAUACUUUCUUAGGGGACAACAACUGGCUGGUAGGGAAGUCUGUAACAUGGGCUGAUUUCUACUGGGACGUGUGCAGCACGACGCUUCUAUCUCUUAAACCUGACCUGGCAGACAACUACCCCAGGCUUCUGGCUCUCAGAGAGAGAGUGCAAGCACUUCCAGCUAUUGCAGCCUGGAUCCAGAAAAGACCAAAGACUAUAAUGUAGAUUAGCUGUUCAGACUGGAAAACACAAAUGUUUUGUUUUCAACAUGACAAGCAUCCUAAAUUAUUAAUCUUAGCAUCAUUUAAGUUACUGUCAGAUGGGUGUGCUAUACCAAAUCAAAAUCUACCACUCGUAUCCCUUUAUAGGAGAGAAUCUAAAAAGCUGAUCUAGCAGAACAGAGCCUAAAGGAAAGGCAUUGUUUCCAACCACAUUCCCCCUACUACUAAUAAAAUGCUUGAUCUACCCAAUUAAAGUUCAUUGGGCUCUCAAAGGGAGCAAAGAUGAAUAAACCUUCCCGGAGA